AUGAAGCACCGUGAGGGCCGGAAACCUCUGACGGUGGUGCUGAAGCUCGGCACUAGCUCUAUCGUGGACGAGAAGACACAUCAGCCCUUGCUCUCCAUCCUGAGUCUCAUUGUUGAGACGGCUGUGAAGUUGAGAAAAGAUGGUCAUAGGGUGGUCAUUGUCUCAUCUGGCGCCAUCGGCGUCGGUCUUCUUCGGAUGGAAAUGGACCGACGACCAAAGCACUUGUCAACACUACAGGCGUUAGCGGCCAUCGGCCAAUGUAGACUCAUCAGCCUAUGGGACGAUCUGUUCGGCCACUUCAGACAGCCCGUUGCACAGAUUCUGCUCACCAGGAACGACAUUGCAGAUCGGACACGGUAUCUUAAUGCCCAAAACACAUUCAACGAGCUGCUCGAUAUGGGAGUCAUCCCUAUCGUCAACGAGAACGACACGCUAGCCGUCUCGGAAAUCAAGUUUGGCGAUAACGACACCCUGUCCGCCAUUGCCGCGGGUAUGGUCCAUGCAGACAUGCUGUUCCUCAUGACGGACGUGGACUGCCUCUACGACAAGAACCCCAGAGCGCACCCCGACGCCCAGGCAAUCGAGGUGGUUGAGGACAUUUCAAGUAUCCAAGCAGAUGUCUCAACAGCAGGCUCCGCCCUCGGCACCGGUGGCAUGAUGACCAAGAUCGUCGCCGCAAGGCUAGCAACCCAAGCAGGCGUGACAACCGUCAUCACCCGCUCCUCGAACCCGGGCAACAUCGUCAAGAUCGUCCGCUACGUCCAAAGCCAGCAAAAGUACACCUCCUCUUCUUCCUCCCCGCACCUGGGCGCCGCCCCAGACGGCGAGGACCCCGAUACACACCACGACGGCCACGACCACACCGAAGAUCCGCUCGCGCAGUCGACGGCCUCCCUCCACAUUGACCAAGCCGUCGAGAAACCCCCGCUGCACACCCGCUUCCUCCCCUCCGCGGACCCCAUCCGCGACCGCCACUUCUGGCUCAUCCACGGCCUGAAACCCCACGGCACGCUCUAUAUCGACGCGGGGGCCCACAGCGCCCUCCUCCGCAAAGCAGGCCUCCUUCCCGCUGGCGUCCUCGACGUCGAGGGCAACUUCGCGCAGCAGGAGGCCGUCCGCCUCGUCGUCGUGGACCGCCUACACGCGCCCAGCACCACCGGGAAGUUGUGGGGCGGCACGCCCGUCGAAGUCGGCCGCGCGCUCGUCAACUACGCCGCACCGGAGAUCAUGCGCAUCAAGGGGCAUCAGAGCUCCGAUAUUGGCGGUCUGCUGGGGUACGCUGACAGCGAGUACGUGGCGGAGAGGCAGCACAUUCGCAUCUUUGAUCGGGAGAGUCGGCCGGUGACGCCGAGCAUCGAAAAGGUCAAGGAGCAAGUCGUCGAAGAGGUAAUUUCAGGUAUCACAGGGUAUGAGCAGAAGACAUAG